AUGCCAGAUGUCUACAGGGCACCAGAGGUUAUUCUCAAGAUGAAUUGGGACAAUAAAGUUGAUAUUUGGAGCAUUGCUAUGGUGUUUUGGGACCUUGUAGCUGGGCGUACCCUCUUCCAAGCCAAGAAUGAUCAGCGACUUCUGGAUGAUACACUCCACCUUGCAGAGAUGGUUGCUAUCAUGGUACCUCCUCCUAGGGAGUUCCUGGAACGAAGUGAGAUGAGUUCUAUAUGGUGGGAUAAGAAUGGUCAAUGGAGAGGUUUUGCACCCAUCCCUGACAUCUCCCUUGAAAGACUUGCAGACGAUCUCGAGGGAGAUAACAAAAAGGGAUUUCUGGAGUUUCUUCAAAGGAUUCUAUGCUGGAUGCCUGAGGAAAGGCCGACUGCGGAAGAGCUGGUAUUUGACCCCUGGUUGAUGGAGGGGCUUAAUUUAAGGAAAACUACCUAG